UAUGUAGUCAUAAAAUUAGUUUGCAUUAUUUGGUAAUGCACAAGUUAAUGAACCAGAAUAAAACAGUGAAAUCAAGAAAAAAAGAGAUGAUUUUGCAACAGAAAUCAGAUCCAAGGAUAGAAAUGCCAUAAUAAACAAUAAAAGAUUAGCUUAAAAUGUAGUUAAUUUACUUAUUCCUUUUAGAAUUAAAAUACCUCAAUUUAAGAAUAAUUAUCUUUGAUUCCAUAAACACUACCCUUUGAUAUUUAAUAAGCUUUGAAAACUUAAUAAGAAGUCUUAACAAAAAGAACAUUUACUUUUGAAGAUUUCUCUGACAUUUUAUAAAAAAUCUAUUCCACAGAUGUCAUUUAACUUCAUUAUGGAGUUACUGGAUUAAGAAAAAUGUUAUCAGUUGAAGUAUAUAUUAAAUAUAUUUUAAGAGUGGAGCCCCAAUAUAAUAAGUAAUAGAUGCAAAUCUAGUACCAAAGUUAAUAGAAAUUAUUUAAAAAGAAUAAAUUCCUUAAUUGGUACUUGAAGCUGCUUGGGCAUUAACAAAUGUUGCUAGUGGAACCACAUAACAAACAUAAUCUAUCAUAGAUAAAGGAGGAAUAUACCUAUUUGUUAAAUUGCUAAGUUCUCAAUACAGAGACAUAGCAGAAUAAGCUGUAUGGGCAAUUGGAAAUAUUGCUGGAGAUUGUACACAAUACAGAGAUCUAAUUUUAAGGGUUGGAGGAGUUGAUCCUUUGAUCACAAUUAUUUAAAAUGCUUAGAACAAAAAUACUAUCAAACAUUGUACAUGGUCAUUAAGUAAUUUAUGUAGAGGUAAACCAAUACCAGAAUUCAAAGUAAAUAUAUAAUAAAAUUGUAGUAUGUAAAAAAUGCAUUGCCUGUAUUCUGUAAAGUCAUUAUUGAUGAAACUGAUCCUGAAGUAUUGACAGAUGCAUGUUGGGCUAUGUCAUAUCUUAGUGAUGGAGAUAAUAGUAGAUUAUAAACUGUUAUUGAUUCUUAAGUAGUGCCAACUUUAAUCAAAUUAUUAGAUCAUUCUUCUCUUUAAUUAGUCAUCCCAACCUUAAGAAUUUUAGGUAAUGUUGUAACUGGUGAUGAAUAAUAAACUACUUAUGUACUCAAUUAAGGAUUGUUAAAUAAGAUUCUUAAAUUGUUGUCUCAUGAAAAAAAAGCUAUUAGAAGAGAAGUAUUAAAUUUUAAUUAUAUCAUAGACUUGUUGGACUAUAUCUAAUAUAACAGCUGGAAGUAGCAAUUAAGUUUCUCAAGUAGUUAGAGAUGGUGCAAUUCUAGAAAAGUUGUUUACUCUUAUGACAACUGAUGUUGAAGAAAUAGUUAGAGAAUCAACUUGGGCUAUAGCCAAUUCAACUAAGAAUGGAAGCAACUCUGAUAUUUAACUUUUGGUAUAAAAAGGAUUAUUUAAUGUUUUUAAACAUUUAUUAGAAGGAGAAGAUACUUAAACUAUGACAGUUGUACUUGAAGCUUUAUUUAAUGUAUUAAAAAGAGGUAUUAUUUUGUUUAAUAUUCUUUAGGUGAUUAAGAUUUUUAAGAUGAUAAUUAUUAUUUAACCAAUCUUGAACAAAUGGGAGUAAUUAGAAGAAUUGAAGAAUUACAAAAACAUCAUAAUUAAAAUGUAUAUUAGAAAUGUUUCAAUAUCUUGGAAUAGUAUUAUGAAGCUGAAUCUGAAUUAUGA